AUGGCUUUUCGACGGAACACGAGAGCUCAUAACUACGAGGAUCCGAAUCCUAGGGGUGAGGAAGCAGCGGAUCCAAAUGUUCCCUCGGCAGUUCCUAGAGGGGUGAAUCCCCAGGUGGCGUUACUAGCUGAGGCAUUGCAAGUAUUGUUGAAUAAUGCGAAUGGAGUCGGUGGAGCUCAAGUGCAGCAGCCUCGCCGGGCACAAAUUCAGCAAGAGGAGGUUCAGUUUAUCAGGGAUUUCAGACGCUUUGGGCCACCCGUUUUCAACGGGGUGAGUGAGAGGCCUACUGCAGCCGAGGAAUGGGUCAGGGAGUUGGAAGCCUUUUAUGUGUAUUUGGGAUGCUCCGACGAUUUUAAGGUCCAGGGAGCAAUGUUUAUGCUUCGGGGGGAAGCAGUAAAUUGGUGGGAGUCGGUGGCGGCAGUAGAGGAUCACGCCAACGUACCCGUCACAUGGGCAAGAUUUAAGGACCUACUCUAUGAGUACCAUUUCCCCGUGACUGUCAGAAAUGAAAAACGGGCAGAGUUUCUCCGUCUCACUCAAGGAAGCCUAACUGUGGCCCAGUACGAGAGGAAGUUCACUGAGCUGUCCCGUUUUGGAAUGCAGUACUGA